AUGGAUUCUGAAUCGCCACCGGCCAGAAAUGGUCUUAAUGAUGUUGAUGACGUUUAUUCCGAUCUUUACUCCACCAUAUCGCAAGUAACUGCUACAACUGCUAAUGAUGUUGACCAACUACCGUACCCUAUAACAUUUAGGAAUCUAAUCAUAUUUGUUGGUGCAACUGUAGGAGGACUCUUAUUCGGUUACGAUACCGGCGUCAUAUCUGGAGUACUGCUCAUGUUGAAACCCCAGGAUAUCUCUUUAGAUGUGGUGACAGACUUCCAAAAAGAGUUGAUUACAUCUGUUACCUGCUUAGGGUCUUUCUUUGGGUCCAUAAUAGCUUUCCCCACUGCUGAUAAAUACGGUAGAAAGAGUACUAUGGCUCUUUGUUGUACAGUAUUUGUGGUAGCCGCAAUUUGGAUGGCAUUAUCGACUAGUUUAACAUUUUUAGUUAUUGGUAGGUUGAUAGUGGGUGUAGCGGUUGGUGUAGCUGCACAGUGUGUUCCUGUAUAUCUGAGUGAAAUUUCACCAGCUAGUACUAGAGGCCUAGUCUUAGCGUUAAACACUCUGGCGAUUACGGGCGGCCAAUUGAUCUCAUAUGUUGUCUCAUUGUCCAUGCAAAAUGUUCAGCACUCCUGGAGAUAUCUGUUUGGAUUAGCUGCACUCCCGGCUAUUAUUUUCCUAUUGAUCUUAGAUUUCAUACCUGAAUCACCCCGUUGGCUCAUCUCGAAAGGUGAGUUUGCAGAUGCGCUUGAUUCACUAAGGGCCAUUUAUCCAACCGCACCUUUACAACUGGUUAGUCUAAAGUUGAAGUGGUUGAUUCUCGACAUUGGCAAACUACGAAAAUAUCAAGACGCCGAAGAUCCAUUGUUAGUGAGAACUCACUCCACUUCAAGGUAUAUUGGUGUUAAUGAUGAGCCGUUGUCAGAAUCCUCACCUUCUCAAGACAAUAAUUUGGUGGUUUCAGCUGAAUCUAGGACACGUCAUAAGAUGGAACCUCGCGCUAAAAGGGCUCUUCUAGUUGGUUGUACGCUUAUGUUUUUCCAACAAGUCAGUGGUAUCAAUGCCUUUCUUUACUAUUCAGCUAUCAUCUUUGCUCAAUUUGAAGUAAAAAAUCCAUUGGUGCCCGCCAUGGCUGUUGCCGCUACAAACUUUGUCUUUACAUUAGUUGCAUUAAAAUGUGUGGAUCCUAUCGGUAGAAGAAGUAUGCUUCUUUACACAAUUUGGAUAAUGACGAUAGGGUUAUUUCUCAGUAGCGUUGGUUUUGAUAAAAAUAAUACUAAAUUGAUUCUAGUGGCACUACUGAUCUUUGUUGGAGGGUACGCCUCAGGCAUGGGGUCAAUCCCCUGGAGUAGUGUGGAGUUUUUACCCUUGAAUAGAAGAUCAUUCGGUGCGGCUUGCAUUUCAUGCACCAAUUGGUUGUCAAAUACUGUGGUCUCUGUUUCUUAUUUAUCCAUAGCCAAUGUUAUGGGUAUGGAUCGUGCGAUGAUAAUGUUUGCCGUAUUCACCAUAUUGAACUGGAUAUUUGUGUACUACUACUAUCCUGAAGUGAAAGGUUUAACGCUGGAAGAAAUUGGUAAAGUGUUUGAAAAUGGUAUCGACGUUUCUUAUGUAUAUAGGAAUUAUCAUUAG